UUGUUUAUUAGCCCUCUUUGUUCCCGAAACGCUCCGGCGAGGCACCUCCGGCCACAGGAGCGGCGGCGCGGAGCCUCCCCCCGCGGCCCCUCACGGCGGGGCCGGGCUCACGUCAGCCGCCGCCGCAGCCUCUCCGCGGGCCCGUCCGUGCUGCAUCAUCCCGCCUCCCGCCCGCCCUGCCCGGCAGCGUGUGCGCCGCCAGCCGCCGCCCGAGCCUGUCCCCGCUCCGGGGCCGCCGGGACACCGGGAACAACCACCCGGGCGAGGCUGAAACAGCACCCGAGCGAACGAGCAGCCGGGACAGGGCGAACCCGCGCCCGGGCGAGGAGUGAACCCGCUACCGGGCGCGCCCCCCGCCCGCCUUCCCUCCUCCCUCCCUUCCUUCCCCUCCCUCCCCUCUUCCUUCCCCUCCCUCCCCGUCCCUUCCUCUCUCCGCCUGGUGCCGCCACCGCCGAGGAGGAGGAGGAGGAACAUGGCGAAAGCGGAGCAGGUCCUCAGCCUCGAACCGCAGCACGAGCUCAAAUUCAAAGGUCCUUUCACAGAUGUGGUCACUACAAACCUGAAGCUCGGCAACCCCACGGACAGAAAUGUGUGCUUCAAAGUUAAGACCACAGCACCACGUAGAUACUGUGUAAGGCCCAACAGUGGAAUUAUCGAUGCAGGAACAUCAAUUAAUGUUUCUGUGAUGCUACAGCCUUUUGACUAUGACCCUAAUGAGAAAAGUAAACACAAGUUUAUGGUUCAGUCUAUGUUUGCUCCAGCUGAUACUUCAGAUAUGGAAGCAGUAUGGAAAGAAGCAAAACCGGAAGAACUCAUGGAUUCGAAACUUAGGUGUGUGUUUGAGCUACCAGCAGAGAAUGAUAAGCCUGCACGUGUCAGGUGUGCACAGACAAUUUUACCUGAUUGUCCUCCUAUGUAUCAGAUUUACCCCUUUCCUGAAAAAGAAGCUUCCAUCUUAAAGGAGCUAUCUAGAAUUGAGCUGAUGUCUUACAGUAACGUCCCAGAUAGGAAGAAGAUGGACUGCGGAUGAGGAAGGUACCCCAGACAAACAGCCCAAUAUCUCCUUCUGCAGCUGCUGUCAAGGACGAAGGGCUCAGCUCCAGACUACUUGCUUUGGUGGUUUUGUUCUUUGUCUUUGGUGUAAUUAUAGGAAAAAUAGCCUUGUAGAGGCAGCAUGCUGGAAAUUGUAAAUUGGUUUGAUGGUUCUGCCAUAUCAUUGGAUUAAAUUUAUUCAUAACAAUGUUUAAAAAAAAAAAUUAAUGUAUGACAUCUCACAGGUCUUGCCUUUAAAUUACCCCUGCACAAAUACUAUGUAACAUAAUCUAGAAAGUUCAAAAUGUACGGUGAGGGAAUGAAUGAAAGAGAAUAUGCUUCAAUGAUGAAGGGGGGAGAAAAUCCUGAUUUAACACUACAAUGGAAUAUUGUAUAUGUCAUUUUAAACAUUCUUAGACCCUGGUACAUGUUGCUGGAUUACCUCUUUUUAAAAAAAAAAAAGAAAAAAAAAAGGAAAACUAGAAAAACCUCUUCCUCCACUGCUGGAGCUGGCCCUAGGGAUGUUUGGAGCUGGGUUAGGCAGGAGGUGUUGAUAACUUCUGUAAAAUACAUUAAUCCACCAUUCUGCUCAUGAAUUUAACAGUUUCUGUCAGUGUCUUCAACUCUGUGCAAGUUACCAAUUUCUUGGCACUUAAAUGAGGAGUGAGGAGCUGCAAAGAUUUGUCUGUGGCAGCACUGAGGGAGCUGGGCAGCACCGAGGGGCUCGUCCACAAUAGAGGUCAAUGCCUUGUUCUCACCAAGGGACCAAGCUACAUUGCUGUUGGUUCAUUUAGUUGAAUUAAAAUGUUAUUCAGAGAUGUUUAAUGCAUAUUUGACUUAUUUAAUGUAUUUCAUCUCAUGUUUCCUUAUUAUCACGCAAUUGACUAAUUCUUUGUGGUAUGAAAGGCGCCUGUUCAAAGCCAGUGACAAGAACUAAAAUUUUGCUGCUGUAGUGGUGCAAGAUUCUUCUGCCUCCUGGUGUUUUGGGCACUACACCAUUGUUGGGAGUUUUGAUCAUCUGAGCAUUGGGGAAACAGUGGUCAGAAACUGUUUUUGUAUGUAAAUAAGUCUAUUUAGGGGAGAAACAAAAAUAUCAGUAGUAAAUAGUCCUAUGCCGUAAAAAGACCAAUCUUGUUUGACUAUGUAGCAUCUUAAAAAAGAAAAAAGAAAAAAAGAAAGAAAAGAAAAAUUAAAUAAAGCCCCCAAAUUCAUGUUUCCUUUGUUACUUUUGUCCUGUUCUCACAGUUUUAGAGGUGGGGAGGAAACAGUGUUCUCUUGUCAGCUUUGUUCAUGGCAUAAGGAAACUUGCAGUCUGAUUUCAGGGUGGAUUUCUUUUUUUCCAGACUAAUUAUAAUAUCAAAGCAAACCACCCCAUCGUGAGCCUGACACACAAAAGUUGUUCAGAGUCACCAUGCUGAGGUACAAGGUAACAUCCCACUUUCCAGGUUGGUUGGGUUCAGGAGCUCAGACACUUGACAGCACCUUUAGAAUAAGGAGAUUUUGGUUCUAAGCUUCCUUUUACCACGAGGUGUAUAAACAAACUCAGCGUGUUUUAACAUGAUGGGUUCAGUAGAUUAAACCGUUUUUGAGCAGGUAAAUUCACAUCUGUUCUCAAAUGGUAAACCCAAAAACAUUCAGUGGCAAAAUUCGUUGUAGCAUAUUACAAGAUGAAGCUGAGUCUUUUGCAGAUGACUUCUGUCAUUCCUUCCCUGUUGCUGGGAUUCUGUGAGAGCUGUGGGGGCUGCAGCCUGACCUUUGUUUGUCCCACUUGUGUCUCAAGGGCUUCCUCCUCUGCAAGUGCAAAUAAGUGACAUUUUAUGUAAGGCUUAAGGAGAAAAAUAGGUGGGAAAAAACCUUGUGAUCGGUGUGUUCAUCUUACGAACGUGAAUCUGGAAGUAUUUCUAGGAGAUUCAAUAGAAAGGAGAGGUGUAUUUUUAGCAUUUUGAAGUGCUGGUGCCUUGUCUGCUCAGAGGGAAGGGACAGAGCCACUGCAGCCUGGCUGCAGGUGGGAGAUGAGCUGGAGAGGACAAAGCAGGGAGUUUGUGGGACAAAUUGGGCAGAAUUGAUAAAGAAGAUUCUGCCUGGGCAGUAGAAGCUGAAGAAAACUUUCUAAUGAAGCAUUCUUUUCAGAAAGGCAAGGUUAUGAGUAAUAGUGCAACAUUGAUUUUCAUGGCUUUGAAGAAUAUAUUUGAGAAAACCUUUGCUGAAGGGAGACUGAGAUAUGAAGUAGAUUUUUUUUUAAGUGGCUGUAAAUAUCUUGUUCUCUUAUCAGAAUUUCUGAUUCACUUUGAAAAAAAAAAGUUUUUUUGAGAGUCCAUUGUUCUGCUCUAAAACAGCCUAAAAAAGGUUGGUUUAAAAAAAAAUAAAUCACUGUCUGCAGGAUAAAGGGAGAGGAUUGAAGGUUUAACCUGGUCUCCUGUGAGGGUAGCUGGAGUAAAGUUCCAGGCAGGUUUUACACCCAGAGGAAGCUACCACAGCUGCCUUUGCUGGGCAAAGCCAGCAGCAGCUCUGUGCUCAGCAGUGACUUCCUGGUGAUCUGUGCCAGCCUGGAACUGGAGAAGGUUCAUGGGCAAAGCUGUUCCUGGUGUUUGCACUCCAGGAGCACAGAGAGGUCCCAGAAAACCUUCUCAUGCUUUUCCAGACCCUUCAGACACUGAGCCAGGAGACCAGGAGAGGAUUUCAGUGUAACCUGCAGCUGGGUCACCCACACCAUCAGUCCUAACAAUCAAAUUGACUGCUUGUAUUUUGGAAUUUAACAAAAUCCUGAGGUUUUCCCUCACCGUUUUUCACAAGAGCCUGAACACAGUAGCCCUGAAUUGUCUGGGUAAUGCUUUGCUUUGCUGAGCUUGAAAUAAAGUCACUGAUCAGGGGAAUUCUCAGUCCCUGUUUGACCAAACCCUUCUUUCAUAGACAGUAGAGAGAAAUCUUAAGGAUUUUUUUUCUUCCAAGGUUCCUAAAAGGCCAGUUUGUAGAUAGAGUGCAAAUAUAGAUUGGAUGGAUAUUCCUAAGCCACCUGGCUCUUUUUGUAAGUUGUUCCUUUCAUGGCAACACAAGAGCAAAUGUUCUCAUGAAGUAUUCACAGAAAGUGAAUUAUUCUGAAGGACAUUCUAUAUCUUAGGAAGUUGUGCACAAAAUGUAGAGUUUCUUAAUAAGAUAAUUGCCUGGGGUCCUCACACAACAUCAGAUAUUAGAAACCUGUGAUUGAUUCAUGGUAGUAGAAAUCAAGUUAUUACUAAUCUAAUUAUUGUCCUUGCUGUUACUUUAAGAUGACCACUUGCACAUUUAUUGUUGAUUUUUGUAACACCCAGUAGAGGCUGCUUGGUGCACUCUGGGCGACUUUGGGAUAAACAGAUACCUGAAAUAUCUUGAAGCCUAGUGCUGGGAAACGAGUGGAAAAUGGUUUCUUCUAUUUUUAUGUUGUUCUCCACAUCUUAAAGCAAAUACUCCGUGCAUGGAUGAUCAUAACUAUUGCUGUGCAUUGGCAGUUGUCAGCUGGGAGUGCACAGCUGGAACAGCUGCAUGUGCAAGCCAGGAGCAGCUCAGGUUACUGGGAGUAGCCUGGGGGCUGAAGAGCAAGAUCAUGUCAUGUUGUUAUGUUGAGGGGGAUUGAUGUACCAUAAUGUCAUUUUCUAAAAAUACAGGAUUGUAAAGCUCAAUGGUGGUGUUACUUUUUCCUCCUGAAAUGCUGUUAGUGGGAUAAAGUUGAAACUUCACUUUGCAAUUCACUAGAAUUUCUUUUCAUCAAUAAACUCUGAAGGGUUUGUAUCUGCUGCA